CCCGGCUCCAGGAGGCGCAGAGCGCGGCGCGCUGAGUGGGAGAGGCGAGCGGACUGCUGCCGAGCGGACUGCUGCCUAGCGGCCGCCGCGCUAUCCUCCCUCCUCCGCUCCCUCCGCCCUUCUCUGGCGGCCGCGCUGCCUGGGAGCCCGGGAAGCCGCGGCGGCUCCGAGCCCGCAGCUCCGGCGCGGGGACCAGCGGCGAGGCGGGGGCGGCGGGAGCGCGGAGACCACAGGCCCAGGGGACAGGCGGAGGGGGGCACUGGCCUGGGCGGGCAGAGCUGAGCGUGGGAGUGUUUGCGCGUGAGAUCUAGGGCUGCUCUCGUGCUCCGUGCGGACCCCGCCAGCCCCAGCCCAGGUCGCCGCAGCCCAGGAACCUCCCGGCCCGUGCCCCAAGGCACGCGCGGCACAGCCAUGAACACCAACGAUGCCAAGGAGUAUCUGGCCCGGAGGGAAAUCCCUCAGCUUUUCGAGAGCCUUCUGAAUGGACUGAUGUGUUCUAAGCCAGAAGACCCCAUAGAGUACUUGGAAAGUUGUUUACAGAAAGUCAAGGAAUUAGGCGGCUGUGACAAAGUGAAGUGGGAUACAUUUGUCAGCCAGGAAAAGAAGACCUUACCUCCUCUCAACGGAGGACAAUCACGGAGAUCCUUUCUAAGAAAUGAAAGUGAUACGGACCUCUCCGAGACCGCAGAGCUAAUUGAGGAGUAUGAGGUUUUUGAUCCUACUAGACCUCGACCCAAAAUCGUUCUUGUCAUAGGUGGUCCAGGAAGUGGAAAGGGUACUCAAAGUUUGAAAAUCGCAGAACGUUACGGAUUCCAAUACAUUUCGGUGGGAGAAUUAUUAAGAAAGAAGAUCCACAGUACGAGCAGCAAUAGGAAAUGGAGUCUUAUUGCCAAAAUAAUUACAACUGGAGAAUUGGCCCCACAGGAAACAACAAUUACAGAGAUAAAACAGAAAUUGAUGCAAAUACCUGAUGAAGAGGGCAUUGUUAUCGAUGGCUUUCCAAGAGAUGUUGCCCAGGCUCUGUCUUUUGAGGACCAAAUCUGUACUCCCGACUUGGUGGUGUUCUUGGCUUGUGCUAAUCAGAGGCUCAAAGAAAGAUUACUGAAGCGCGCAGAGCAACAGGGGCGGCCUGAUGACAAUCUGAAAGCUACCCAAAGGAGACUAAUGAACUUCAAGCAGAACGCUGCUCCGUUGGUCAAAUACUUCCAGGAAAAGGGGCUCAUCAUGACAUUUGACGCUGACCGAGACGAGGAUGAGGUGUUCUAUGACAUCAGCAUGGCAGUUGACAGCAAGUUAUUUCCAAACAAAGAAGCUGCGGCAGGUUCGAGUGACCUUGAUCCUUCAAUGAUGUUGGACACUGGAGAGACCAUUGAUACAGGCUCUGACUAUGAAGAUCAGGGUGAUGACCAGUUAAAUGUAUUUGGAGAGGACACCAUGGGAGGUUUCAUGGAAGAUUUGAGAAAGCGUAAAAUUAUUUUCAUGAUUGGUGGCCCAGGCUCUGGCAAAGGCACACAGUGUGGAAAGCUGGUGGAAAAAUAUGGAUUGACACAUCUCUCGACUGGUGACCUCCUGCGUAAUGAGCUGUCGUCAGAAUCUGAAAGAAGCAAACUGAUCAGAGACAUCAUGGAACGUGGCGACCUGGUGCCCUCAGGCAUCAUUCUGGAGCUCCUGAAGGAGGCCAUGUUGGCCAGCCUCAGCGACACCAUGGGCUUCCUGAUUGACGGCUAUCCCCAAGAAGUGAAGCAAGGGGAAGAGUUCGGACGUAGGAUCGGAGACCCGCACUUAGUGAUCUGUAUGGACUGCUCGGCAGACACCAUGACCAACCGCCUUCUCCAGAGGAGCCAGAGCAGCCCUUGCGCGGAAGACACCAGCACCAUCGCCAAGCGCCUUGAAGCCUACUACCGAGCGUCCAUCCCUGUGAUCGCCUACUAUGAGACGAAAACACAGCUACGCAAGGUAAAUGCAGAGGGGACACCAGAGGAAGUUUUUCUUCAACUCUGCACAGCUAUUGACUCUAUUUUCUGA